CCGCAGUCCGCCGCGCGUGCCUCGCCGCCGCCGAGCGCUCGGGUGGCAGUGCGGUGUCGUGGGCGGCCCGGGGGGCGGCGAGGGGAGGAUGCCGGGACCUCCAGGCCGGGAGACGGACUCAGUGGCCUUUGAGGACGUGUCUGUGAACUUCACCCAGGAGGAGUGGGCUCUGCUGGAUCCUUCGCAGAAGAAACUCUACAGAGAUGUGAUGCAGGAAACCUUCAGGAACCUGGCCUCUGUCGGAAAUACAUGGGAAGACUGGAAGAUCAAAGAUGAGUUCAAAAUCCCAGGGAGAAAUCUAAGAAGUCAUAUGGUGCAGAGACUCUGUGAAAGUAAAGGUGUUCAGUCUGGAGAAACCGUCAGCCAGAUUCCAAAUGUCAGCGGGACCAAGAAAACUUCUGGAGUAAAACCCUACGAAUGUAACGUGUGUGGAAAAGUCUUCAUGCUUCAUUCAUCCCUUACGAGGCACAUCAGGUCUCACCCUGGACACGAAUUCUACGGAUGUAAGUAUGGAGACAAGCCUUACAAAUGCAAGGAGUGUGGGAUCACCUUCAGUUACCUCAAAUCCUUUCAAAGACAUGAAAGGACCCACACUGGAGAAAACCCCUAUAAGUGUAAACAGUGUGGGAAAACCUUUAUAUAUCACCAGCCCUUUCAGACACACGAACGGACACAUUUCGGAGAGAAACCCUAUCAGUGUAAGCACUGUGGCAAAGCUCUCAGAUCUCCUAGUUCUCUUCGAAUUCAUGAAAGGAUUCACACUGGGGAGAAGCCCUAUGAAUGUAAGAAAUGCGGGAAGGCCUUCAGCUGUCCCAGUUCUAUUCAAAUACAUGAAAGGACCCACACUGGGGAGAAACCCUAUAAGUGUAAGGAAUGCGGGAAAGCCUUCAUUUCCCGAACGACCGUUCAAACACACAUGAUAACACACAAUGGCAACAGACCUUACCAAUGUAAGGAAUGUGGGAAGGCUUUCAUUCGCCCCAGUUUUUUACGAGUACAUGAAAGAAUCCACACUGGAGAGAAACCCUACAAGUGUCAACAAUGUGGGAAAGCCUUCAGAUGUUCCACUUCCGUUCAGAUUCAUGAAAGAACUCACACUGGGGAAAAACCCUACAAGUGUAAGGAAUGUGGGAAAGCCUUCAGUGCGCGCCCAGCCUUUCGAGUACACAUGAGGGUGCACACUGGUGAGAAACCCUAUAAAUGCAAAGAGUGUGGGAAAGCCUUCAGUCGCCUCAGUUACUGUCGGAUACAUGAAAGGACUCACACUGGAGAAAAACCCUAUGAAUGUAAAACGUGUGGGAAAACCUUCAAUUAUCCUCUAGAUUUGCAGAUCCACGAACGAAAUCACACUGGAGAAAAACCCUUUGAAUGUAAAGAAUGUGCCAAAGCUUUCAUUUCUCUCGAAAACUUUCGAAGACACAUGAUAACGCACACUGGAGAUGGACCUUACAAGUGCAGGGAAUGUGGGAAGGCGUUCAUCUUUCUCAGUGCGUUUCGAACGCACGAGAGAACCCACACUGGAGAGAAGCCUUAUGAGUGUAAGCAAUGUGGGAAAGCCUUCAGUUGUUCCAGUUACGUUCAGAUACAUGAAAGAACUCAUACCGGAGAGAGGCCCUAUGAAUGCAAGCAGUGUGGGAAAGCCUUCAUUUAUCCCACAAGCUUUCAAGGGCACAUGCGAAUGCACACUGGAGAGAAACCCUAUAAAUGUGAAGAAUGCGGCAAAGCCUUUAGUCUUCGCAGUUCCUUUCAAAGACAUGAAAGAACUCACAGUGGAGAGAAACUUUUCGCGUGUAAGCAAUGUGGAAAAGCUUUCGCUUUGUCCACAUCCUUGAACAAACACAUGAGGGUGCACAAUAGAUAGUAGCCCAGUGAACACGACUUGGGGAACGUCCACGAUUCCAACAGAUACCUUUCAGUCAUGAAAUUCCCACUGUGGAACUGUCCUGUGAAUGAAAGUGAUCUAGGAAGCUAGAUGCAAGGUCAUUCAUGUCGAUGGGUCAGAAAAUGGAAAAUGGGUAACCGUGAGUCAAAAUAUUUUUAAACCAGCUGUGGUGGCACACAUCUGUAUUCUUGGUCGAACUGAGUCAGUGUAAUAAGGAAGUCCCCUUUGCUUUGACCUUACAAAUAAGUCCUCUGAUGCUCACCCAUCA